UUCCAUAGUGUUGGCAGGACCCUGCAUUUCUCUACCUUGAGCAAUGAAGCAGUCCCAGAAUUUUGGAAUAUAGCAAUUAGGAAGAAAAAACAAACUUUAAAAUAUUAAUUCAGUAGAACUGAAAGUAAUACAUUUCAUGCAACAGUAAAGUGCUUAAACAUGGCAAAGAAAACUAUGGGACAAGAUGAGAAGAAAAAUGGUUGGUAACGAUGGGUCACAUCCAGAAGACCAACAUAAGCUAUUUUUCCAUCUUUUUCUGUACCAUUUAAAAUACUAAAGAGUUCAAAACAAACUGUCCUUGGCAUUUAAAGUCAAGACAUGGUUCUUCACUCAGUGGUGUAAAUUAACCACUUAUUGGCCAAAGAGUAAAUACAAAAAGGAAAUGAAGUUCUGACUGGUGUCGUGGGUGAGAUUUUGCAGUGUAUGUUUUUACAUUUGUAGUGUACGUUUUAAACUUCCGGUUUUCUUGCUGCCUCAACAUCCCCACAAACAGGCUGUGAUCACCUGGCCCAGUGUGAUAUGGGUGGCCCCUGCCACAAGUUUCCCUUGCUACCUUGCCCAUGACCUAGUAACAUUUAAAUGCACCAGUGAAAUUCUCUUUUUCUUGUGUGCUUCUCCCUGACCCGAAAGCUCCUGCCCAUGUCUUAGGCCUCUCUGCUCCCCACCUGCUUGGCUGAGCCCCCUCCCAUGUGACCCCCUCUCAGCAUGCAGUGACUGUCUCUCUAGGACCUGUGAGUAUAUUACAACUUUUUUCCCUGUGUCUUUCCUGUGAUAUCCCUUGUGGCUACACCUCACUGACCAUAACCUAAAAAGACACAUACAAAAAACAUGAAAGAAAAAGUUGUUUCUUGGGCUGGCCUGGACGAACAGGGAGCCAGGAGCUCGACCCCGGCUGUCGGAGGCGCAGUGAGGCCUGGUCUCCGGCUGCCAGACCAUGCUGAGCAGAGCACGCGGCAGGCUCGCCUCAGCGCUGCGGGGCGCGGUCACCCGUAGGUGCCUGCACGCGUCGGGGUCGCAGCCUUUGGCCGACAGGAGCAAGAAGACUGAGGAGCCGCCCCACGCCUUCGAUCCGGCGCUGGAGUUACUGGUGUGCCCGCUCUCCAAGAAGCCGCUCAGAUAUGAAGCAUCAACAAAUGAAUUGAUUAAUGAAGAGUUGGGAAUAGCUUAUCCAAUCACUGAUGGGAUUCCUAAUAAUAUCAUAUUAGGCAGCUAGGAUGAAGCAUCAAAGAAGCAAGAAGUGGAGCAGCACUAGUUCGUAAUUUAAAAAAAUAAAAAAAACUCAACAGCCAACUUUCCUUAGUACCAUAUACCU